UUCAAAAUCACUUCGUAAAAUCCAUUGGAAAAAAAGGUGCCAGAACACUGUUCCAGUGCGUUCUAUGACAAAAAAAGCCCUGGUUAUAUCUAUAGUUAUCUCUAUAUGAAAUACCAUAAAUCAGGGUCAUACUCUAGAGCACAGGAAAGCAACCAGGUGCCCUUCAGAAAUUUGGUCUACAACCUCAAUCAACCCCCAUAAGCAUAGUUGAUGUUUGGGAAUUUUGGGAGUUCUGGUCUAAAACAUCUAGAGGACAACAGGUUGCUUAGCUCUGGUUGUCUAGGUACUGAGCAGGAGUGAACAGAACAUAAAUUUCUAGAUGUUUGUGAUUUCAACAACCGGAUAUACAUGGAUGUUAAGGGCAAAAUAUCUGAAGAACUACUUUCUUUCCACCCUAGUCCUUCCCAGCCUGAUGAUUGCCAAAUGUUUUGGGCUUCAGUGCCCAGGAUUUUUGACCAGUGGACAUAAUGCCUGGGUCUGGUAGAUGGUGAAGUCCAAAACAGAUGGAGGGCACCAGGUUGGGGAAGGUUGGUCUAGAGAAUCUGAUGGGAGAAUGUGGCAAAUCUGUGUGUUUAUACAGCCAAAUCUACUAUUGCCAAGAAUGGGAACUCAGGAUGGUUUAUGGCUUUAGCUCCCAAGGUGCACCCCAGAAUACAAGAGAAGCAUGUAGUCUAUUUAAGAAACCUUUUUGAUGAAAAUGGCAAUCUGUUUCAAGUAGCCUCAUUUAAAUAUUUAUUUAAUUGCUUCUCUAAUGUAAGUAAAUAGCUUUUCUCAUUUCCGUGUCCCAGUGGACUGAGUUAUACACAUUAAGCUGACAACAGGAGCAGCUUUCCCACACAGUCUGGGGUAUCUGAGGAAGGUUGCUUCUUUUUUCUUAAAUUGGCAUACUUCUUUCCUGGAUAAGUAUGGGCUUUGUGCAUCAUGUGUUCACUUUCUUUUUUAAGAAUCCAGCCUUCCUACUAAUUUUGACUUGACCAUUCUAUAAAGUAUAUCCUUAGUCUAUGAGGUGGCCUUUUAAAACAAUAAAAUUCACAUUUAAGUUUGUAUAAAUGCUGUCUAACCUAUGCAUUUUCUAUGCAGAUUUCUUAAUAUGAAUCAAGGGAUAACUGUUAUUCAAUCUGCACUGUAGUUAGGAAGCGUGAAUUAAGUUAGUUCAAUUAAAAAUGAAAUUCCAUCUCAUACCAAAUUAAAUUCUUCCCAUCCCUAUUUCUACUAACUGAGAGAUAAUCUAUAGAGUCAGCACUGAAUUUAGUGGCAGUGAGAUGAAAGAAGUAAUCCCAUUGUUAGCAUGUAUUACUGUGCUCAUACAGAAGAUCAGUAGGGGAAUGCUUGCUUCUCUUGAUGUACAAAUGAAAUUCACAUAGGAAGAUUUUACAUGGCUUCUUCGAGUGCCAGCUGUAGAUUUCUGGCAGCUCUUUGGAAAGAUUCCAUCAAUAGGGCUCCUCAGUGAUGAGAAGGUCUACCUUUUUAUCAUCCUUGUCAUCAGUGGUUAUUGUUUCAAUGCAUUUUUUGCCCCAAAGCUACCAUUUUCUUUCAUUACAAGCAGAGACCUGUGAACAAGCACACAGUGGCCUCUACUGUUCCUCCUAUUAACUGAUGAAGAAGGGCAGAUGAAGAAGUGGGUUGCAAUGGCAAGACUGAGACACAACCCAGCAGACUCUUGUCAUGCUUUCCCUUGUCACUAGUCCUGGCUUCUUCCUUAAAUAUAUCCAUAACACGACUGAUACAAAGAUAAAGACUAGGAUGUUACUGUAGGUAAGAGAGAUACAAAGGGCCAGGAAAAAGUGGGGAAAUGGGCAAAAUAAUUUUCUUCCUAAGAUUUUUCAAGAACAGAUUUUAGGAGAAGCUGAUGGGACUCCUUAUCCAUUGUGGCUUUUCAUUUCAACUUUGCAGGAGCUGUCCAUGGUGCUGAUCUUCAUCUCCUUGGAGCGCCAUGGAAUUACCAAACUCCCCUGGUGGUUCCCCUGCUCCUGAAAUAUUGAACAGCUUUGGAUUAGGAAUUCCCCCCCUAGAAUUCAAGACAAACUACCCAACCUUUACUCCCCCCCCCCAAUAUUUGUAAGACUUUUAGAGAAAGACUAGAGAUGCACACUGCCUGGAAAUAAAGAAGCGGUGGGGAAAACAUUUUUUAACCCUCUCUAUAAAAUUCCAAGCAUGGUUACUUUUCCAUUCCAUCUUGUUCAAUUAAUGUAUCUUCUAAUUUAACAUUCCUGAGCUGAAUCUUUUCCCACUAAAUAAAAUCACAGUAUCUGUUCCUUCAGAUCUUAUUUCCCUAAACUUGACCCCACAAAAAGGAAGUUUAUAUAUUUCCCUAACUUCCUUACAAACAAGAACAGAUGCCAUAAACAAUUCUUCCUCUACCUCCAGUUUUUCCUGUUUCUUCUAGUUUCUGGUAUGAUCCAGAUGUGUCAAGGGCAACUUGAUGAAGUUUCCACUCAUUCGACAUAAAAUCCAAACCUAAAUGUAUUAUGUUUAACUCAUAAAAUUAUCAUGUUUGGUAUAUUAAGUUUAGACAUAUAGUUUAUUCAUGCAAUAAAUCCAAAUUUACUGUGUUUACUUUUAUCCAUGCUUAAAUAUAAUGAUAAUUUUAUGAGCAGACCGAGUUAUACAUAAUAUAACUUCAGGAACAUAAAGGCUACUUCAUGUAUGUAAAGCAGCCCUUCCCAAAUUGGUGCUUUCCAGAUGUUUUGGACUACAAUGCCUAGCAUUCCUGAUCAUUGGCCAUGUUACCUGAAACUGUGGGGAGAUGAAGUCCAAAAUAUCUAGAGAGCUCCAGGUUGAGGGAAAUGGUCUUAAAGCAAUAAAAAGAUUUUAGAUCUGUGAAAAGUGCUAAAAAAGAAAGACAGACAGACAGGAUUACUUAUUUUUUAAAUUCCCCCAAAAUUUCAUUUUCCCCAAUAAAAAAUUGGGAAAAGAAGAAAUUUUUCUCAUGUCUCAUUCCCCAAAACUAUACAUCUUGGUAUGGAUUCUAUGAAACUGGCCCGGAUUUUCUUUUUACAUGUCUUUUUAAGAAAAACUACUGGUGAUAUAGUAACAGUGGCUAUUUGAACAACACCCAAAUCUUUCUUGGACACCUGAAACUAGUUUUUUUUUUACUUUUUUGGAUCCCAGCUCCUAAGAAAACAACACAAAUUAGGUAGUUAAUGUAUUAAAUUUGCUUAUUUGCAUUUGUUCUAUUCACAAGUACUUUAUAUAACAUGCAAAAAGGAAUCACUGAAAUAUCUGAAUUUCUUCACUAAUUCCUGUAAACAAAAUCCUCAACAAACAAACAAAAAAAGAAACAUGAUAAAAAGUUCCUCUAAGCAGGGUGGGACAGCCUAUUUUGAAAGUUUGCAUUUGUGGAUAAUGUAUUCUUGAUCCAUUAAAAUAGUGGCAGGUUUCAUUCCCAUUGGCUAGAAUUAUGGUUUUAUUUUAAUUAUCUCUUGGGAAAGGAAACUUUUUCAGUAUAAUGAAACUAAGAAUGCUUCAAAAAUUCCCAAGAGUUUCAGUCUCUUUUUACCACAUGAAGCUGCAUUGCUUAAUUUGGGACCUGGGGAAUAACUCAUCUGAUUUAUUUACAAUUGAAUUAACAGGAAUCUGCCCCUGUUGGAAAAAAUAUAAAUCCUUCACCAGCCUGGCCCAUUCAAUAUAUGUUCAGCUACAACUCCCAACAUGGCCUGUGCGAAUAGUUGUUGUUCAGGAUCAGGUUACCAUAUUGCAGAAGGAUGAUCUAAUUGAAUUUGACAUCAGGUAUCAUUAUUGAAUUUCAAAAGUUAGAGGGUAUAUAUUAUAGAGAUAAGUGCAGUCAAAUUUACAAGAGCUGAGCAGGCUUGUCAAAGACAAAACACUAUGGAGGACAUUCAUUCAUAAGGUUGCCAUAAGUCAGAAGUGAGUCAAAGGUUCAUAAUAUCAGAAACAAACGUGAUCACAUGUUUUUCAAAAAUUCAGGACAAGUAAAGCAAUUUGUUGCAUCCAGCUAAAUGUUGUUGCUGGAGGAGCUUGUGGGCUUUUGAAGUAUGUCAUACCCCUCAUCAAACAUCCAGAAAUUUGGAAUCUAGCCUCUUUUUAUGCCAAUACCAUGUUAUUUGAGAACAGAGUCACUAUUUUUGUAUAGAUGAUCACUGAAGGAAAACAAUGACAUUCCAAGUGCCCUGCUUAUGAAAGCCUCUCAAUGGUUUGCUGUAAAAUCAGUCAAAGAUGCAGCACAAACCAAAUCGACAACCAAAACAAAACUAAAUAAAACAAACAAAACAGAAGGAAGACAAAGGUCAACCAAGUUUGAAAAAUUAUUAGCCAAAUAGUAGCAGAGAUGGAUGGUACUUGGAGUGUGAUCUGAUGCUUGCCUAGCGCAGACAUAUCAGUGAUAGUGAUGCAACAUAAAGGCUUUCUUUAGAGCAAUUCCUGAUGUUGUCUCUAGGGACCAUAACCAGUGGAAUCAAGGGGAAGCUGUCCUACCUAAUCUCAAUAGCCACUAAGGGGUUAUAUAGCAUGAGACUGCUGUGAAGUUAGAUAAAACCAAAUGUUUGCCUUGUGUGAGCAUAAGAUUAAAAUGAAGGAAUCUUGAUGUUUAGUGAAAACAGUUUCCUUGGGAACACUGGAAUCGUUUUACUGUGCUGCAUGAUGUAAUUAACUUAGUUCAACAUUUAAAGUGGGGAAACCAUGUGUGUACAAAUCAAAAAAAUAUUUCAGAUCCCCAAUCCUGGGUACACUCUCUUGGAAAUUGUAAAUUCAAUCAGACUUGUUUUUUUUAGAAAGUGUGGCUAGGAUUUUAGCCUAAUGGCUAACAUUAUACUAAUUCAGAUCAAUGCUAAAACCUGGGUUUAAAUUAUUCAGAUUCACUGGUUUCAACAAAGGAAAAAAAAGGUGGAAGAAGGGAGUGCAUCCAGAAUGCAUAAAAUUAUGAGUUGGCUGGAAAAAGUGAACAGGGAAUAAUUGCUUACCCUUUCAGAUAAUAUGAAAAGUAUGGAAAGGGCACCACAUGAAAAUAACACAUAGCAGGUUUCAAAUAAACAAAAGGAUUCUUAUUUCCAUAUGUAAGUGACCUGUGGAACUCUUUGCAAGCUGAAGAAGGUACAGCCAACACAAAUAUGGAAAUUUCAAAGGGAAUUAGUAACUUCAAGGAACAAAGGGAUAUCAAUACCCACUAAAAUUGCCAUUGUGUUUCUAAAGGUAGGAGCUUCAGCUUUGAAUUUUGUUACAUGACUAGGGAGUUAAUCCAAGAUUUAAAUGAAUUACCAUUGAGACAAAUUGCCUAGGGAUGCUCAGGGAUUCUAGUAAAUUCUCCACUUCAGAACUGACAGUUUAGGAAUCUUUCACUUCUGUUUCAAUUUAGUAGGAUCCCAUGUCAAUGCAGUAUGAAAAUUUAAAAAUUUACUGCUAACAUGCGUGAGAGAUGACAUGAAGAGCAAGAUGAAAGGCUCAAACGCUUAAGAAUUGUGUUCAUGGGAACAAAGACUAGCUGCUUUAACUAUUCCUAAUGAUUUUUAAAAAGCACCAGACUCUUCAUCUUACAGCAAAAGACACUGUCUGUGCCAUAUGGUUUACAUGUGCUUAACAGGGACAUUGGGUGAGACAGCCUUGGUAAGCCCACUUCUGCAGUGAGUCUAUUUUCUUGUCAUUGCCACCAGCACCUAUUGAUCCUCAUGCCUUUUCUUAUCAUCUUACUUACUUACUAGCCUGGCAGGAAAUGCAGCCAGUGGAUAAGUAGGUGGUGACAUCUACUGCUCCUCCUUUGCGUUACCACCACUGACUGGGCCAGAAUGAGAGGCAGGCGAAAAAACAGGUUCUGAUGGGGAAGAGGAGCAGCAAUCCCGUGGGAUCUAGUCAGUGGACUUCGGUUGACCAUGCCUACCCUCAACAUUGUGAUUGAAAGCACUUUUUCAAGAAGGCCUCUGUUAGAAUUGAAUGGAAGAGUAUAAAGGUGAUACUGAAUGGCCUUGAGAUUUUUUGAUAAGGCUGAUCCGUAUGACUCUUUUACCGGGCUUUGUGAAAAGAACCUUUGGAAAAUUCAGGUGAAACUUGUCGCCUGAUCAAUUAGCUUUACGAUAAAAUGAAGUUACAAUUUCCGUCUCUUCAUCAUAAAUUGGAAAUGCAUAAUUCUGCACAAUUGAACAAUUAAGCUUCAGUCAUAUAAAUCCUUAUCUCAAAGGGAAUCCUGCUGAACACAGUGGGCAGGAUUCCAUAGAUUACACUCCCACUGGUUCUUUUCCAAUUCUUUUGCCAAUUCUGUUGUGCAAGUGGUGGAUUCCCCUGACUGUGCUGUGUAAGUACAACCUACAACUUCUGCAAGUGAAAUUUAGUGUUCCAAAAUGAGCAAAACCUGGAAGAAGGCAGGUUGGAAAGCUCCAGCAAUUUGCCUCCAUUUGGAAAGAAAUGUUUCUGCUUAUUUCAAGAUGCCCCAGAAGUGCUAAAGUUGCACAGUAAGUAGUAGGGACUGCUGGCACAAUACAAUCCAAGGGACAGAAGAGAUUUAGUGGAGACAUAAGUAUUGCCUUAGGUGCUGCCUAGUGGGACUUACUUCUGAGUUAGCAUGCGUAGAAUCAUGCUGUUAAACAGUGAAGCUGAAUUGAAAUUAGAGAUGCCAUUUUCUUCACACACAUGUGAGGUAGAGGAAGAUGUGCUGAAUUAUCUUUGUCACUAGUUUUGCACAGCACUUUGUACCAGCCAGCACAAUAUAUUUCAAUAUAACUCAAAUUUUAUUCAUUUUAUGCUGGUACAUCUGGGAGUAGCUUUGAGAUUAAUUGAGAUGAAAAAAAAUCUCUCCUACUUGAUUUUCUAAAAAAGAUUAUUUUUCAAAAAUUGACAAAUUACUUAUAAACAUGUGUUUUACUGUUGUAGUUUAAAAAUCUAUAUAAUUGGACCACAUGGCUCAAAUACAGUAAUUGGAUACAGAAGAGCUAAUUUCCAGGUCACCACUACAUACUGCCUUAGGGCUAUUUGCCUAUAUAGUCCUAUAUGAAAAAAGCAGACAGAUUUCUCACCCCAUUUCCUAUGGGGCAAAUGUCAAAACACAAAAUAACCAUUCACUCCACGUGACAUUAACUCACUUUGACAAACUCACCUGAGAGGUAUUGGAAGAAGGUACUGGAAUGGGAGGAAGACUUAGUAAACCUCAGAAGGUACUUCCUUAGUUUAUGAUUGGGGUACAUUGGUCUGAUGACCUUGUAGAAUAUUUCAUCAUUUCAUGUCUGAGAGCAUUCCAAAAGUCAAGCCACCCUGAAAAGUGGGAAUGAUGCACUUGUCCCUUUUGUGAGUUCUCAAAACUAGGAAUGCAUCACAGUUGAUGAUGAUUUUUUGGGGGGGCCAAUAGCUCCAUAUUUAGAACAGCCUGCAAUUAUUCUUUUGUGAAAGUAUGUGGUGAGGAUUCUACCUGUGCUUUCAGGUUUGGAGACCAAAAGAUGUAGUGUCAGAGCUCUUUCAUAUUUCCAUGUGGGGAACAAGAUGAACCCUUAACUCCACACAGUUUUCCUGAUCCAGUGACCCAUGAUGCUGCCAUGAGCCCUUUUAUGAAUGAAUGAAUGAAUAAAUAAAGCUGGUACUUGCAUUGUGCCUAUAUACUUUUUUCUCUGAGGAAGGGUUCAUAGCCGGGGAAAGAAUUUAGAUCUAGAAAAUGGUGCCCUUAUUCCCCCAGCACUGCUGCCACAUUCAAGUUUAGAACCCCCUCAGCUGUUUUAAAAUAGGGAAAAGCCAUUCCAGUUUCAAGGUUUCUACACUAUGUGUGGUUCAACCUUCUGACUGAAAUCAUAUUUUUAAUGCUUGGAAAUGUCAUCCUGGGACUUCUCCACACUCAAAGCUAUCUUAUUCGUGAAAAAAAAAAAAUGGCAUCCCAGUUCACAGUGGGCCAUGCUGUAUCUCUCUCUGUGGGUAAAAAUCCUCCAUGGUUCUGUCCACUAUAAAAACAUAGGACACCCAAGUCGAAGCGAAUACUGAAUAACUCCACAUGGUUUUUGCAGUGGGCUGUGACUGAAAGGGUUCACUGGAAGCAAUUUGCAAAGAAGUCCUUAGGAAACCACCUGGAUGGUUAUUUUAAAUUAAAAAAGGAAGAGAUGCCACUUUAAAAAAAAGUUUUUAAUGCUAGGUUUAAAUCUUUGUACAUGUGAUAGUCAUUAAGGCUUAUUUAACCCUGAAAUUUGCUGGCCUUCUUGAUUCCACAGGGACUAGAAAGAUCUUGAGUUGAAAAGUAAAAAUGAUGUCUGUAUGAAAAUGAGACUUUCCCCAAUGGAGAACAAUUAUUUGAGAAUUAUUUUAGCCCAUAUAAAAGGCUAAAUAAUAUUGGCAUUUUCCCCCAACUGUAGAAUUUAUAAACUUGGGGCACAAACUAGUUCACAUAAAGUACCUAGAUUUAAGCUGAUUUUAUUCUACUUCUAAUCAGUGGAACUAGCAUCAGCUGAAAUUCAAGAAUUCCCUUUUUAAAAUUUAGCUGUAAUGUAGAAAUGAAACCUCCACCAAUGUGUCCUGUAGUUUUUCAAUGAAAAAGUUCCUGCUGUGUAUCUUAACCCAAAGCUUAUUUAUCGGGCUGUAAGCCCCACCAUUUCAGUGGAACUGCUUUGUAGUAGGAGUAUUUCAUAUUCUAGUGUCUGUGUGUAAAUGUGUAAGACUUCAUAUUUAAUUAAAUAAUAACAUACUUAAACUCAUGAAUUCACAUUCUGGGUUUUGAAAUAUUUUUAAUGUUAGUCAUGUGCUAGCUUCAGCUGAUCAGGCUCUUGCCAAAUAAUCUCAGGAUGAUGUGAUUUUCAAAACAUAGAUAUUGCUGGUUGUGGAGACACAGAGUUUGCAGCCAGAGCCAUGGAACUGUAACGGUGCUUACAUCAGGCAGCUGUGAUGUCUGCCACACCACCCUUUCCCCAAGGAUGAGAUACACUUCAGGGAGGGGGCUGCAAACAUUCCUCAGCAAAUCUGCACAACGGAGCCUCGGGCAAAAUUUUGAAGAUGGAUCCCUUUAGAAUUAAAACAUCCUUCGCUUCCCUUUACUACAGCUCUGUUCCUUUUGUGUGGAUGUUAGAAAUAUGAGGACUGAACAUUGUAGGGAAGGAAAGAGAUAGAAAGGAAUAUAAUGAAUGCACAUGAAAAGGUAUGGCUUUGGUAUCUGAGUGGAAUUUCCUCUGGACUACAGGAAAGUAUUCAUCAUGUCCAGGUCACAGGAAGGAAAAUAGGAAAAUAGUGUUUCCUGUAAGAAGCAGGCGGGUGGAAUCAACAGACCUUGAAAAUACCUGGGUUGGAAGUAACUUUUUCAUGCCCUCAACAUGUCAAUUUGUUUUUAAUGUCUUUUAAACCUUUAACCUGAUUGAAAAGCACAUGUUGAUUCUCUGAAUCCGAAUUACCUUGAGUAAACAGUCUGAUAAGUUCCCUAGUUGUCAGCACACUCAUGAAUAUGGAACAUAUGAAUGACAUGAUUAAACUGAAUAUCUCUUUUUUUUGCAAAUAUAUCUAGCAAAUUAUGAAAUGUGUUUUUAACCCUUUAUUGAUUCUAAGAAGCCAAUUAAUUCUGCUGCAAGUUUGAACUCACAGAUUUUGAUAUUUGUCUGCAUCAACCACAUUCCAUGCAAAAUACCUUUGAUUCUGAAAGGGUUCGUAACAUAAGACAAUAUUUCCAAUGCUAGUUAGUACAAGCCCAAUCACAGGCACCAUGUGGAAGAAACUCAGCACUGUUGCAUUGGGGUUGGGGAAAAAGAAUACAAGCAUCCAUGCAGACGAAUUUUAUGGAUCUGGCAAAUGAUGGAUACGGGUACAAAGCUGCUCCAGAGAUAUCCAAAAAAUAUGGAAAGACCUUGUGCACCUGCAAAUAUCUUAUGCCCAUGAAGAUACAUGACCCAGGGGGAGGGGUUGUAGAUGUGCUUUAAGCAACAAAUGGACAAAUAUCUGUUUGUUUCAAGGACAAUACAGCUGUAGGCAGUGCUGCAUGAGCUCUGUUUGUGUGUCCACAGCUAUAGCUGUAGCAGAGAAUACUAGACUAUAAUCCAUGCAUCCUAAAGACAAGCAAAGACCCAGCUUGCUUCAGAUUAACACAGAAAGGGCCUGAGAUAUUCCCCCAAAAUUCAGUUCUCAAUUUUUUUCUGAGCCUAUCCAAUUUUUCUGAGCCUAUCCAAGACCUGGAAGAAUGACCUGCCUCUCAGCCAUUUAAUUCCCCUCUAUUGAAUGAAACAGAGCAACAUCUCUACAAUACAUUAAAUCGGGACAAAUUAGGAGGCUGCAGGGAGAAAAAUUACCUCCCAUGGAGGACCCAGAUAUAAAUGCAUGUGCAUGAAUACUAAAAGCACUGUGCCACGCACAGCCAGCCAUGACUUGGGCUGCAGCUGCUGAGGUGUCUUUUGAACUGUGAUAGCAAACAAUUAUACUUUUCUAACAUGUCUUUAACCCAGAGGGUGGGGGAAGAGAAAUGAGUAUCUUGGCUUUUAAAUCAGUGUAGGCUGCAACAGUGUAAAUGAAUAUACCAUACAGAGCACAAGAGUACAGCCUUCAAGCAAUGUUUGGUUGGAAUAUUGGUAGGGGGCUUUUUGUCUAGAUCUAGAGAUGUUUAUCUGCAAAUGGUUAGAGGGUAGAUCAAUGACAGUAUUCAGUUUUUAACUGAUGAAAUCCAGUAAGUGUGACACUGGAACACAGAAUUGUACAAUCCCCCCUUCUCCCUGAGCUCUCCCAAGACCCCCACACUUGGGGGAACAUGAAAAUGCAGGGAGAAGCACAGUGGAGUCUUUGGGGCCAUUCCAGGUGUGAUGUUGGAUUGCGCUCACCCAGUGACUUUGCUUUGGUUUGUAUUUAUAAACCCUUUCUAAAUAGCCCACCAACAUUAUUUAUUAUUUUAAAUUACAGCUUGCACUUCAGGGUAAAUACAUAUGAAUAAACCCAUAUAAACAACUGAAAACUAUCAUCAAAUGCUCAGUCUAAAACAUUAGGAAUACUAUUUGAAGCAACAUUUCUUCAGGUUCUGGUGUUAUAAAAAAUCUCUUUUGUCUUUUGAAGCAGAUAUUUUAAAUCAUUUUCCUCAGUACCAUAUAGUUAUUUAAUUCAGUUUCCUAGACUUGCAUACCCAAGAAAACUAAUGAGAUAUAUUUAGAACAGAAGACUUAUCACUUCUUUCACAAAAGCCUUGCAACUGUUACAUUUUAUUAUUUUAUUUAUAAUAUUUAUAUCCUGCCCUUCAAAACUAUUUUUCCUUCAGGGCAGCUGGGAAUAGAGAGAGAUAUGCUUACAACUGUAGUUGAAUUAAAGUAGGAUGUAAUGCCUGGGAAUAAAAGAAAGCUUUAGGGUGAUUAAACUUCUUUUUAUUAUGUUACAGAAGAUGAGAAAUCAAUAAUUGGUCAUUCAGACAUAAAUGACUUAUGCAGGCCAAUGACACAAUGAACCAAACUUUAUAACAACUACACAUGAUACUGUCAAGCUACCAGCUUCAGCGGCGCCAGUAAUAAUUAUGGAGGAUCACCUCUGGUUCAGAGCAGUGUCACUUGAUAAAGCUGUCACUUUCAGUAACCAGCCAGUAUCCAUUGAGUUUGCCUUAUCCAUAGAAUGGGAUAACCCCUCUUUUAUCACUUCAGCCCCAUAUCACAGCGUCUAAGUUUCCAGAGAUAGCUAAAAUUUGUAACAGAAAUCAAAAUAUUUGAAACUGUCACUAGCCAGAAAAAGAGACAUUCUUGAAAUUCAGUGACAGCAUCAAUCUGAGGAAACCAGUUUAUUUUACUGGGGAUGCUUCCAGAUGGAAGGCUCCCAAUGCAAGGCACUGUGCUAUUCUGUCUUUUCUUUCCUAAUGGAUUUUCUGCAGUUAGCAAAUUAGACCAAAGAAGUAGGAAAACAAGGGCAAGUUGCAAGCUGAAGACACUAUUGUCAAGAUCCUAUAAAAUUCAGUGGUUGAAGCAGGUCAAGGGCACCGUGAAAGCACGACCUGGAAGCAACCUUGCAUACUUCUGCAUAAGGACCAUUUGUGAGAACCAGGCCUCUGCAUUCAGGUUGUUAGUGCAAUUACAGCACUUACAUUAUCAUGAAAGAAGACUGCACUGGUACAUAAAUCACAAAAUGCUUUCAUACAAAUACAUAUUCCUAUUUCUUCUGCUGCAACCAGUUAUCAAUUGGUAUGAUCUGAGCUAAUUUCCAAAAUAAGUGUCAAUAGAAUCUUGUUCCCCUUACUUUCCGUAAUUCUUUCACACAAUCACUUGUGAAAAGCUAGAACUGAGUGGUAGUUAAUGGAUAGUUUCUCAGACCAAGCCUCCAUUCAUUAAAUUUCACUGGAUGACCACAAGUAAUAAUGCAUAAUUAUGCCUGGUGGGAGUUUUCUUUCUCUCUGGUUCCUCCAAUUGUCUUGAGAAUAUGAAAAUGGCAUUAUUCUUGUAGCUACCCCACAAACUGCUGCUACAACUGACAUCUCUUGUAUCAGACACAGAAAUUGUUUUCGGUACGGGAAAUCAAUAAAGCUUAGAGCAGCACUAGUAGUUUAUGGUUGAAGUAAAAUUGAGCAGAUAGUAUGGUGUUUUUAUCAUGGGUAACCGUGAAGAGGCAGGCAGAAUGCCACCCGGGCACCUACUGAGAGAGACUGAGAUCGGGAAGAGGGCUGAAGUCAAACCAAGGGACUACCAUCCACUUGUGAAAAUGAUGAAGAAAUGCCUGCCUUUCGAAGACAAAUGUUGCAGUGAGCCUGAUACACCGGUAGGGCAGCCGCACAUGGCGCUACCAAGUCUCAGACAGGGCAUGCCCACUUCCGUUCUUGCCAGUGUGCAUGGCCUACGCCUUCCCGAGCAUCUCAUGGAGGGGCACAAUUCCCUAUCAAUUUCAAGGCUUCUAUCGGCCUUCAAAAACAGACACUCCAGUUUCCUCCGAUAAGGUUUCUUUUUCGCAGAGAUGCUUAUGUUGCUUCCCUUUAAGUCCAAGCAUAGUUCAAAUAGUUUUCCUCUCCUGUUCCUGCUUGUUUCGUUUUGUCUUUCCGCCUUUGCGAUCUUCACAGUUGCUCUUACACCCCCUCCCCCCGUUUUUUUUUCUUUCUCGAGGUCCCCAAAUAUGCGGGAAUGUCUUCGCGCGCGCCUGUGUGUGAGCGAGCGAGCGAGCGAGCGUGUGUACAGCAUCUUCUGAAGAAAACCAUUAAAUCUCCGACAGCCCCGUUCCCGGGGCUUGACUCUGAUCUCUCGCAGGCAGCUGCUCAGGCCAUUCUGAGGCGGCACUGUUUCUUUCUCUGUUUACCCGUUUCUAAUGGCAAUUGCACCACCAAGUCUCUGAGCGUCUGGAACUUCGCCUGGGGCUGUUUUGGUUACAUUGAAGUUUUUUUUUUCUUACUUCAACUCUGCCAGAUUUAAAUGGUGACUUCACUAGCACCGAGCUAAAAAGGAGAAGGGGAGGAGGGAAGCAGCGUAGAGAGUAGAGAGAGAAAGCAGGCGAGAGAGAGAGAGAGAGGGCCGGGGGGGGGAGCAUUACAUCAUCAUUUGGACUGGAAUCAAAUGGGAAGGAUAUGACUCACUCGGGCUAGUUAAGCUUUGGCUCAGGUUCUACAUACACUCAUUCCAGGGCUCUCAUGUUCUGCACCUCAGCAGGGAAUUCAGACCCAGUGAUGUCCAUGAGGCCUGUCCCAGGCUCAUUAUCAUCAUUAUUACACCUGCACAACCGACAAAGACAACCUAUGCCUGCUUCCAUGCCAGGGACUCUCCCAAAUCCUACCAUGCCUGGAUCCUCAGCAGUUUUGAUGCCCAUGGAUCGACAAAUGUCAAUGAACUCCAAUAUAAUGGGAAUGCAAGGUCCAAACCUCAGUAAUCCGUGUGCCUCACCACAAGUCCCUCCAAUGCACUCAGAAGCCAAAAUGAGGUUGAAGGCAGCAUUGUCUCAUCAUCCUGCAGGCAUGUCGAAUGGAAAUAUGAACACCAUGGGUCAUAUGAUGGAAAUGAUGAACUCCCGCCAGGAACAGACAGCUCACCAUCAUAUGCAUUCGCAUCCGCAUCAGCAUCAGACGCUUCCGGCUCAUCAUCCAUACCCACACCAGCAUCAGCAUCCAGCCCACCAUUCUCAUCCUCCGUCGCAUCACCAGCAGAACCACCCACACCACCACUCUCACUCACACCUGCAUGCACACCCAGCGCAUCACCAAACCUCGCCACAUCCGCCACUGCACACGGGCGGGCAAGCACAGGUAUCAGCAGCAGCCCAACAAAUGCAGCCCACACAGACAAUACAGCCAGCUCAGCCCACUGGGGGGCGCCGAAGGCGGGUGGUGGAUGAAGAUCCAGAUGAGAGGCGGCGGAAAUUUCUGGAACGAAAUCGAGCAGCUGCCACCCGGUGCAGACAGAAGAGGAAGGUCUGGGUGAUGUCACUGGAAAAGAAAGCAGAAGAACUCACCCAGACAAACAUGCAACUUCAGAAUGAGGUUUCCAUGUUGAAAAAUGAGGUAGCACAACUGAAACAGUUGUUGUUAACACAUAAAGACUGUCCAAUAACUGCCAUGCAGAAAGAAUCUCAAGGAUACCUAAGUCCUGAAAGCAGUCCUCCGGCCAGUCCUGUCCCAGCCUGUUCACAGCAACAAGUCAUCCAGCAUAACACCAUCACAACUUCCUCUACAGUCAGUGACAUCGUAGGAAGCUCCACCCUCAGUCAGCUUGCAAGUCACAGAACAGAUAUGAAUCCAAUCCUUUAAAACCUGUCGGUCAGGAACUGUGCGGAAAAAGUGAUAGAAUAACACACUUCCCUGCUGUUCAAAGGCAUUUUUCCCAAGUCCUCUCAGAUCUGCAGAAUUCUUCAGCUUCCCGAAAGACUAUGAGCUCCAUUUUUAUAGUUACGUUUUUUAUACUUAGUAAUAAUAAAGGGAGUUAUGCAAAGACUAUGCUAUCAGCUUGGGAGCUGCCUUGGUGCUUUUUCCAGUUUUCUGGUACCAGUGACUUCUUUGUUUUUUAACCAACCUGUUCCUGUACAUAGUCAUGUACCUUCUCACCAUAGCAAGCUGACACAGCAGAAACAUGUUAAAUGGCCAUGUUAGCCGAAACAAGGCUUAAGAGAUAUUAAACAGCUAUACACAGGCAACUAGGUGUAAUUGGGCUAUAAAUAUGUGGAGGAAACUUGGUUGACAGCAUAAUAAGUACAUUUGUUUUGCAAAAGCACCAGGCUCUCAGCCACAUUCAUAGGCUUGCAUACCAUUUUUUUUCUGUCUUGAAAAUGUUUCCACAUCUACAUAGUUACUGGCUCAAAAAGCAGAUGAUGGACAGAGUGCUCGUUUGAUCCUGCUCUCCAUUGAUUCUUCCUGUGUCCAAGCUGUUGCUCUCCUGCCAUUCUGCAGACCUAGAAAUUCAUUUGGAAUUAAGUAUGUUGUGGCAUAGAGUGUUUAAGUCCUUGAGAAUUGCAGGGGGUGGGGGUCCCUUUUUUUCCCAGGGACACAUAAAAACAGGUUUCCUUAGCUUAUUUGUGUGCAGACAAACAUUUGAAAACAUAGAGGCAGCCUAUGCAAUGGUGUGGGAGUUAGAAAGCUGUCACUCUCUAACAUUCUAUUGACAAACCUCUCAAUGCUCCUGUUUGGGUCUACAACCAUGGUGCCCUUGUACGAAUGCAAAUGAAUGCAAAAGAUGAAACGUUGAUUCCUAAAACUGCAUGAUUUUUUGCGCUUCCAUGGAGUGUUCUGUCACUUUCCUGUGCAUUCUGAACUUCACUGUGCACCUUUGCAUUUCCUUUGCAAAAUGUCUAGCUUUCUGUCCUUACCCUCAAAAUUCUUACUCCUCUUUCUUGCUGCUUGCACAAUGUCUUUUAAAAUUCAAGAAACGUGAAUAUUGAAGAAACGCCUCCAGGCUCACCAGCCAUUUGCCCAGAAACAGCUGGUACAGUUGAUUUUUUUCAAUAGCCACUUAUCCACAGCUGUGCUGGGGUUUUACUUUUUCCAAAAACAAGCAAAAAACCCCCACCCCACACUUUUUAUUAUCCUGAUUUAAUGUUUUUAAUAAAUAGUAAAAGUUAAAAGCAGCUUAACCACACGUUAUGCCUUCUUAUAAGUCAGCUGUGCUGCAAAGAGCUUUGUAAGAUUUCUAUUGUUAAAAACAAGCAAGCAAAAGAACUAUGGCAUGGGAGAAGGGCAAACCUCAUUAUCUCAGUAAUAUUUUUCUUUUGUAUAGCUAGUCAGAAAAUAUUUUUCCUUUGUAUAGCCAGAAAAAAACCACAUGGCAGAAUCCAGACUGGGAAAUCAGCAGAUGGCUGCCCUGUGUGGACCUUGCUGUAAGACCAUCUGUCCGGGAUGCAGUGCAGAGACAGCACUGAGCAGAAGUGUUAGACUAGAUGAUCUUCAGGUUCCCUUCCAAUUCCAUGAUUCUAUAAAAAAGCUGCUGUGCUGGAACAAAGUGUGUGAUUCCCCAUAGCAAGUUACUGUGCUAUUCCAGUAACAUACGGAUCACAAAACCAUGCAUGGGGAGCAAUGGCACAGAACCUACAGGACACAGAUGAGGCAUAAAAGUGCCACUUCCCAAAGAACAGAUUGAGGGCUCUUAUUCUUGGGUAAGAUCCACAUUUGAGCAUGAGCUACUGGUCUCAUGGAAGCAGCCUUCCCUACCUGCUCAUACCCACAGCAGCUGCUCCGGCCUACUGAAAAUACUACACAGAGUCAGGAGACCCUGCUGAAUGGGAGGAUCCUGUUGUUAGGGGAGGGAUGGUCUCCCCAGAUUGGGCAGAGGGACCUGUCUGAAAGCAGCGGCUCUCUUGUGGAAGGACCUUUACUGUCAAUGGGAGGCAGAUCCUAGAUCUAGUGCUUCGUGCCCUGCUUCUUGGCAACCCAGAGACAUCUGGUAGACCACUGUGUGAAACGGGAUGCUAAUCUAAACAGGCCUUUGUUUUGAUCCACCAGCAUUCUUGUUAUAUUCUUAAGAGCCAUAUCGUUGGCAUCAUGGUUCCUUCAUCCAUACAUUACUAGGAGAGCAUUAGAAGAAAUCAUGGGGAAAUGGAAACUAAAUUGGCCCAGGGCAUGCUUUCUAUUACUGUAUAAGGCCUAUAGUUCUAGUAUUUAGUUCCUCAAAAUAUUUUUAUUAGUUAAAACAAACAAAAAAAGAUGUGAUUCUUAGCACAGAUGGUCAGAGGUACAUUUCUGAAAUCAAAGUCCCUCCCACCCAAGAUUCAAUUCCUGGCAUCUCCAGAUAAAGCCAGCAAGAACUUGUGCCUGAAACUCCCAAAAGCUGUUGCCAGACAGUAUUGAGUCAGAAGAACAAAUGCUGUAACUCCAUGUACGGCAGCUUGUGCUGUUUCUAUCAGAUCUUACUUCCAAAUAAACUUGCUGUAGGAUUGCAAGGUACAAAAUUAACAGUUGUGACAUGUGAGUUGAAAGUGUUAAUUGCCAUUAACAAUUAGUUUUUGGUCUAAAGCAUAUAAGUAGCUUGAUGUUAGCAAGCCAUCAUUUUUCCUUUGGUUUUAAUGGCUUCCUAGCAACUAAGGCUUUGCUCUAAUAUGUCAGAAAAACUUCACAAACUUUGAUUUAUUGGUGUGGGAAAGGGAAAACUUUGGAUAGGGCAGGCUUAGAUGUGAGCAUAAUGGGAAACUGUAGUCAUGGAUCUGAGCCACAGCAAGCCUCAUAUUCCUCCUCCUCUUUCAUGUGCCAGAGGAAGGGAUCAAAAACUUCUUUAACUGCUCACAAGUCCUCAUGCUUCCUGAACUCGUGGUACUUUGGUUGGUUAAAUUAAAGUUAGUAUCUACAAGCCAUGCAAAAUGUGGUUUCCAAUCCUGAUUUCUUCUCAGACUGUGCUCCCUGAAUUGUUAGUUGACUUAGGGAUGAAUGAAAUACUUAUUUUGGAUCUUUAUAAUCUAAAUUUACCCACUUCUAAACUUGUGGACUAAACAGAACUUGUAGUCAAAUGCCAUAUAUUUCUCAGCUUGCAGGCCAGUAAAAAUGCAUCUUACAGAAUACAUACAUUGGCAAAACAUGAGAAACCGAUUACUGUUUAAAAAUGUGCAGAAAUGUACUUUUAUCAAUGGGAAAAUGUCUGUGCUUCAGAGAUGCACAUAAUUGAUGUGUUCAUUUGGAAAAAUAUGCACGGAUUUUUGUGCAUAAAGAUAAACAACACUUGUAAUCUGAUAUAGAUCCAAGUUGGAAUGAGCUUUGAGAUGGAAUUUGAAGAACUUUGGCGAGCUUAGAUUUUGCUGAUUCAUAGAUCCCUAGUUGAAACUAACUGUUGUUAGCUGACAAUCAAAAGCAGAUGCUUUCAGUUUCCUCCUGGUGCAUAGAGGGGGAAGGAGAAAAGGGUGCAUGACCCUGAAGCUCUCCAAAAGAAACUACGAUUGUCCAUAUCCAGCCAUAAUGGGAAACUAUGAUUCUCUGUAAACUAUAUAUCUGAACACAGCUGUAUAAUACAAAUCUCAUCUUGAGUGCUAAGGCAGAGAGGAGAGAUGUUUCAGGAAAAAGCACAUAGGAGACUGAGCAAAGGGAUUUGUAGCUAUUAUUGUUCAAUGGGUUAGAUAUGUAGUUGAAACAAAUACAAGAUUUGCCAAAACUGAACUGCCAGCUUUCUACCAUUUACCUGGGCAAUUCUCUUUUCUGUUUUUCUUUCUUUUUAAUGUAUUUAAUGAGUGUCCAUUCAGUAUGAACAUCCUAUUGAUAUUUCUCCUGACAAAUUAUCAUACUCAUGGAAUCACUCUGCUUAAUUAUUCCAAAAGAUGUUUUUAAGAGGAGCAAUACUCUUUUUUCUUCUUCUGUGUCCAAGGGUGGGUUAGCUGCAACAAAGUACUGUGGAAACCAUGGCUGAGCAUGGUUCACUUGAGUCCCAGUGCUUUCCAUGGAAAGAUCCUAAAAAAUGGAUGUGUCUUUUAAGUAAAUUCCAUUGUGAACCAAUGGGACAUAUUGCCAGAAAAGUGUGCUCAGGCUAGUAGAUAGAAAGAGCACCUGAAGUCACAGAAGGGCUGCUCCUAAUUUUUGUGCAGGAGGGUGAAAUUACAUCCACCACAGUGGGACCCUGGACCGUACAGAUGAAGAUCCGUCCACCCUAUUUCUGCCAGUGGUAGCUCUGAAACAUUGCAGAGGUGGCCCUGGAUGGGCUAGAGCCAAAGCUCCAUUUUUGUUCUGAAAAGCCUCAGGAUUGAACCUUUCAAUGAUGACAAGUUGGAUCUAAGAUAGUAAUUCCACAACUCAGCCCCCCAUGGAAAGCAAUGAGGGAGAAAUGCUAAAUAAGUAGAGAACCACUGCUGAAAUCUUUGAAGGAAAACUGUCCCAGGCAUUGCAAUCCCACAUGGCUUGGAAGGACUAUAUCACCCACCACUGCAUUUUCCAGCCCCCGCACUUUGGAUUGCUCUCUUCUUGGAUUUCUCUCUUCUGCUGCAAUCCUAUUCAUAUUUUGCAGGGACAAAGCCCUUUUAACUUGCUUAGGAUUGUAUUCCAUGUCAAAAUUAACAUUAACUGGAUUGGGACCAAAGUAGUAAAACUUAUUUCUAGCAGAUGAAUUCAUUCUCUAAGUAUUACAUUAUUCUAGUAUAUAAUGUAUUUUAAGCAAAGUGAUGGGGAAGGAAAGAGUAGCCACUAAGAAUACAAAAAAGAUUGUACUUCAGUAAUAAACUCAAAUAGCAGGCAAUACAGAAGUUGGGAAUGUAAGAUAUUUUUUCUAUUGUAUUUUUGAAAAAAUAUUAAAUUAUUUAGAUGUCAAUAUAGGAAAUUUUAUGACACAUGUCAGUUUUGAAGUAUUUGUUUUAAUUCCAAACAAUGAGGAAAUUUAGAUGAAAUAUAAAGUUUUAAGGGUGCAAUUUUAUGCAUGUUCAGUCAGAAAAAAUCCUACAAACUUCAGAAAAAUUCCUACAAACUUGGCUGGGUAGAAGAAUCCUAAGUGUUGUAGAACAUUUUUGGUUUAAUCAUGCAUAUGAUUUUAUCCUUAAGCACAAAAUACCUGGCUGAUAGUUGUAUGUUCUCCAGUCUAAAAGGGUUUCCCUGUUUAUUUUAGCAGAAGAGACAUCAACAAAAAAUACGUCUGUAGAGUUGCCUCCUCAAUUGAAGUAAAUGGUGAGGUCUACUUGAUAAAGUUCUAUCUUGAGCAUGCAGUGUUCUGAACUCACUCAGGGCUUGAAACUUCCUUUAGACUGCCAGUAGGAUUGUUCAAAGACACUCUUACUUCCCAGAGCAACAACAGGUGGAAUUGCCCAGCUGAAAAAGGCAUUUCUGACUGCCUUCAGUUGUAUUAUUUAUUCUAAAAGAUAGCUUCCAUGGCAUUAAAAUUUCCAUGGAAAAGGACCUAUACAUCGUACAAUACUGACACUGGAAUGGAGUUCAUAUAUUUUGCUUUCAAGCCAGUUGAGCUCAGUAGGACUCACUUCCAAGUAAGAAUGAAAGCAGAAAUUCUACACACACUUAAUGACUAUGCCCCAUUAAAGUUAAUGGGAUGUAUUUCUGGGUAGACAUGCCUAGUAUUCAACUGUAAAAUGAUGAAAGUUUGCCUUGUCCAUUGCUUGGACCUUUAUUUAAAUACUUAGCUGUUCAGUUAAUAUAGUAGGCACUGCAUAUGCUUGACAACAAAGCUGAUAGGAUUAUAAAUAGCAAAGGACAAGUGGCACCAAAAAGAAUAAUAUGUUUAUUGCAGCAUGAGGUUUUUUUUAAGCUGGAACCUCUUUUAUGACACGCAUGCACUUGUGUUUUUCUCAGCUGGAAAAUUAAUUCUGGCAAACUGGAAGAACUUAGUAUUUCCCAUGAACAAGAGGGUUCCCUCCCCUACAGCUUCACAAUUAUACCUCUCCUAUGAUGUUCACAAUUAUACUUCAUAUCCCAUAAAUGAGAAAUGUAAUGCAUCCAUGGGAAAGGUUAUGGGUUGAAUCCAGAUUUAGUUACUCUUAACAUUGAUGCACUGAGAAUCAUGGGGCUCUAGCUACGACUAAGAAAAGUUGUAGGUCUACUCUAAGUCUAGCUGUUUCUGGAUCCAGCCUUAUGUGAUUACUGCUAGCUGAGGCUAACUAUACUCGGGUGCAUCAAAAUGCAAAGUCAUGUAGAGCCCUUUCUACACUACAUUGCUCAUAUUUUGCUGUGUUAUUAUUGUAUGUAAGUCACUCUUCACUUCCUGGCUUUAAAUAGUUCUAUUCCUUUCUACUUUAUUUAAACAGAGAACUCUUUUGCACAUGCACAAUCCUUCUCCACAUUUCGAUAGGGAACAGCUGAAAAAAGGUCAACUUCCUUCAUUAACAAUCUGUAGAUGAACUGCUGUGUGCUACAACUGGAGGCUGAUUACCUUACAGUCCCAUUUCACUUCCCUGUUGACUGCAAACCUUGUAUCCAAACACUGCUCUGGAAAGCUGGACUCUUCUACAAAGGCCAGUUUUCAGUUUGGCAGGCUGCCUAGGAACUGUCCCCUAUUUCAGCAUUGAGCAGACUUAGGGGUUCUACCCUGAACUCCACCAACCAGAACCAAAUGCAGUAUAGAUUUGUAGAACAAAGUGUCUCUUCUGAGCCCAUGGUCUCUUCAGGAAUUUGUUUUCAGUGCCAGAACUGGAACUCCUCCUUUUCCACAUGCAAAUCUAUUCCUGUUUCCCCCCCGCAAAAUUUUUCCCUGAUUUAAGAAUGGCCAAGUUCUUGUUAUUUCUGAACUCUUGGAGAUGGAAACCUUGUCCAGUGUAGGGUAAAUUACCUAGAGAUCUACCAAUAGAUACUAAUAUGUCUUCUGCCCACCACUGUUCUAUCUGAAGAUGUCCAAUAUUUGAAGGGUUCUCCUGCUUGAUUCAAGUCAAGGGAUUAUAAGGAGGGAAAGCAGCUUGGGACACCUAGUCACAUCUCCCAAUAGUGAUGUGUACUGGAUUUCUCGUUAAGAAUAUACUAAUUGUUUCAAAGUGUGCAUCUAGACAUAUAAACAGCAUGCAUACUUUUUGUGCUGAUCUGUGUUCUCAUUUGUGGUCUUUUUGGUCAUUCAUUUCCUCUUUCUUGGUCAUUCAUAGGUGGCCACCCUGUGCUCCCAUAAGCAAUUAAAAAGAUUCCACUCCAACCAUUUCACUGAGAAUUAACCAAACAGAACCUAAUCACAUUGGCCUACUUCGGGUUUGGGGCUUUUGUCUUACUGUACAAUACUGAAAUUUUAGGGGAAAUUCCAAACAUUGCUCAAUGCAAUACUUAUCCUAAAGGGCUGCAUUGCAAUACAAAAGGUCUAUGGUACAUGUGUUUUUCUGCAAGCCAUAUUUCAAUAAUGCAACCUGAGGGAGACAGGUAUUCUGGUGUGUUUUAAUGAUGAUGAGCUUUUACUGCAUGCUCAUUCAUGCCAUUGAAGUAAAAGUAUUUUUGUGGCUGAUUGUUUUUUUAAUAUUGCAAAAUGAAUGGUGGCUCAUCAAAACUGGCAUUUGUUUUGACCUAACUAUUCUUCUCUUCACUAACUAGCAACAACUGUAAAAAGCUUUUCUUGGAGGGAAUUUAUAUUUUUAAAGCAACAAUAUUUAGUGUGGAUGUGUGUGUGUGUGUGAGUGUGUGCAUGUGUGUAAGGCCUUUUAAUUAGAAUCUGCUUUUUAGCCAACAAAACUUUUUUCUACAAAAAAUAAAAAAUAAAAAAAUAUAGUGGAUUUAUGGAAACUCAUGAGGACCAAAGUGAAAUUUUAAAACAAAACAGGAAUCUAUUAAUUUAGUAUUCACAUAGAAUUUUAUAAAGUAUUUAUUACUAAAUGUUAUUUUUAACAUUCCAUUUAAACAGCAUUCUUAUAUAGAAUCUGUUUGUAUUUUUCAUGGGAAGUAAUCCACCCAGCGACAGCUGCUGUACAGUUUCAUUUAUGACCUUUAACCUCAUGCAAGCCUUGCUGAAAUAAAAACAGAGGUUGGAAGUGGCGGCAUGAUUUCUUGGUGGAUUGUUCUGUUAGUUUUGCAAUGCACAACUCUCAUUGUAUGUAUAUGUAAAUAUAUAUAUAUAAAUAUAUAAAUAUAUAUAAAAAAUAGAGAUCUUUGUAGAUCUCAAGCAAAAGUUAUCCAUCUUGGAUGGAACAAUUGCUGAGGUUUACUACCUGGAAAUGUCCAGAAUUCAGUAUUUUCUUUAAAGCAGCAUCUGCUUUUCGUAAUGACAACAAAGUGUACAAACAUACAGUUCUUUCGUUUUCGUGCACAGGCCUGCUAAAGGGACAUAACCCAUAUAACUGGAAAGCUGCCUUGAUGAAUAGGCUCUUGAUCAGCAACUCCAGUGGAAAUCCUGCUCAGUGCUUGCUUCUUUUCUAAUAUCAUAUAGUGAGUUGCACUAAAACAGCCUUGUUGGUUCUUCUUGUGUCCUAAACUAAACAGUGUUCAGUAGCUUUAAACCACUGAAGCGCCAUUGUGUUUGGGGGUGGGAGGGAAUCUGUCAGGCUGGUGGGGAGGGGAAGUAAAUAUUUGAAUUUGUACAAAUGCUAAAACCACGCCUAGAGAAUGGAAACUGAUUAGCAUCUUACUUCAUUUCAAUUAUUUAUAUUAUUUGAAGAUUGCACUUUAGCUGCCUCUCAUCUUCCCUUAUAGAAUUUUGGCCAGUGAUACCAUAUGGUGCUUUAACUGGUGGCAUUCUCUACCUUGUCUCUCACACUAGCUUCAAAAUGGGACUCAGAGGAAGGAAAAACCAGUUAGCAGUAUGUUUCAAAUCGCAUGCCCAGUUCAUCUAAUUUUCUAAUCUUUUGUGUUAUCCUGAGAUUUAUAAUAUAUAUAUGUAUAUGCUUAAGAUAUGUCAUUUUCACACCACUUGAACUGAGAUGGCUUUCACCAAAGACUCCUAAGAACUGUGGUUUGGAGGGAUGCUACUAAUUCUUCAAUAAAGGUCCGCAGCACUCUCUCCAACACUACAAUUACCAGUGUUCUCUGGGAUCGUAAAUCCAGAUUAUGUCUGAAAUGUGUUCAGGCCUAAACGGUGUUCAUAUGUUACAGGGCAGACGAUUGCCUUUCUUCCAUUAAGCUGCUCUUGAAAUAUUGUCCAACCUGUAAUAGCUGCAGAGCUGGAAAUCCAUUCUAAAACUAAAUUCAUUUAGACUGAAAUCCUACUGCUUACCUGGGAGUAAAUCCACACUGAAAUCACUGCGGCUUUUGUCUAGCUAGAUAUGCAUAGGAUUUUGUGUUAAUAUCUCAUAACUUUGUAGAUGAAUGGAAAACUGCACCCUUUUAAUAUUUUUCUUGUGUAGGAACAUAAAGACAUGCAUAUUUAAAAGGCUAAAAUGUUAAAAAGUCCAGUCUUAUGAAACCUACAGGCAAAGAUGUAUGAUUGUUUAUACUCUUCUUUGACAGUGAGUAAUGCAUUUAUAGCAACAUUUUCACAAGUGUGGCAUCAACCUCCUUCUGGGAGUCAUUUCACUUCCUCCCCACUAAAAAAUAUGACUAAUGCCUACUAACAUAUUGACAAUUGAACAUUAUUAGGAGUAAAUAUUAAUGUGCUUAUAGGGUCAGAUCCAGAUUUAGACAGAGUAGACCCAUUGAGAUCAAUGAGUCCAACAUUUGUUGUGAAUUCUCCCAUUGAUUUCAGUGGGCCUUCUGAGUCUGUAUCUAACCCAUAUAUUUACUUAUUGCCUGUGUAUCAAUACACAUAUUGGAAGAAGAAAUAUGUGAAAAGUUCUGACAUUUUACUCUUGCUGUGUACCACUUAGGGAGAGAGGAAAGUGGUGGGGUGGGGGGGGGGAGAGAAUGUAAAUCUGAAACGUUCGUGUAGAGCUUAGAGAUUAAUUCUCCUGAGUGGAAACCUGAUCGCUUUCCAAGUUUUCUUUGGAUAACAACUGAACAUUAUGCUCCAAUCGGUUUACACAAAAUGCCUGUGAUAUGUGGAAUACACCCUCUGUAAAUUCUUGGUUUAUUGAAACAAACAUUUCACAUUUUGUUUCUUGAAGCAGUUCUGUUUCGGAGCAUUUUAUUCCUCUUCCUGUGUCAAGGGGUUGUUUCAUAGUGUUGUAUCUCAAGUCCACAGAGCUGCAAGUUAUUUCUGUGUAAAUUAUAAAACUGAAGAAAACCUAGGGGUGGAGGUGAGGUUCCUUUCAGACUGUCUCUUCUGAAACCUGUGGAAGCAAAACCCAAGCCCACUGGCUUCCCACCACCACUGAAUCAAGAGUUGUGAACAAGUUCCCUGAUUCCCCCUUUUACCAUCCCACACCUGAUCGCACCUUCACAGCUAUUGGCAUUUUUUUUAAAUGCUGAAGAACAAAACAGUGGAUUGGCUGAAUGUGAGGUGCUGAUUUUAGGAAUGGAAUUCUGUAGUGCAAUGAAUCACUUCACCCUGAUGGGAAUUUUAUUGUCCAAACUUUAAAAACAAAAAUCUGAUGGGGGCAGAAAAACACGUUGCAUUUGCGAGCUGCCAAGCCUGUUAUUAGACAGCGCCUCUCGUCUAUCCGAGUCAGGGUAGCAGCAUAGAAAGCAACAUAACAGCUGCUUCAAGGUGUCUGGAGACUUGCUUUAGUUUGCUUCCCCUCUCCCACCUCACACCCCUUCAAAUUAUUCCAUUUUAAGCACUGGUUGUUCAGUGUAAGUUGCUUCUAUGGGGUAUUAUUAUUCAAUUCUGUUGAUCUGUAAAAGGAACACUUAGCACUGGGAGGAAUGGGCACUAUGGAAUUUUACAGGGGAAUAAAGAUACUGUUGUGAGGACUGGGGCUCGAUCCUGUUUUUGUAUUGUAUGCAAAGGUUUUGUAUUUGUUUUAUUAUGUAAAAAACAACAACACCUCCCUUGCUGGGAGGAGAGAAACAAAAUUGGUACAUACAUACCUGUAAAUACGUGCUGCUGCCGUUGCUUUUAAUAUGUUUAAUUUUAUGUUAAGCUUCUUUUGUUGCAUUGUGAACACAUUUAUUACAUAAUGAGUUCAUUGAGAUUAUACAGCUAGAUCCGAUGUCUACAUCUCUUUCUAACUAGGAGAGAUUUUGUGCAUUUGUACAAAUGUUAAUAUCACUGCAAUUCCAGUAUAAUAAAGCACUCAAAUGCAA